AUGGCAAAGAAAAACAAGUCCCAAAAGGCCAAAUCGGACAAAAACUCACCCACAGGCCCAAAACCAAGCCAAACCAUUACCCCAAACAGCUCAAAUGAGACUGACCUUCCCCCGCUACCAAAUAGCGCUCCCACCGAUUCCGCCACCGGCCUGGGUAACCGCAAGGGCAACCCAGCUGACGACACCACCGGCGCCAUCAGCGAUACUGCCGCUGGCACGCUGCCGAGCACCGGCGGCCUGACAAUUCCCGGCGAGACCGUUACUGGAAAGAAGGAAGGCGAGGAUGACAAAGGCAGCCUCCAGAUCAAGAUUCACCUCAACCUGCACGCUAAGGUCAAGCUCGAGCUGGACGCCCAGAUCUACGGUGACAUUGUAAUCGGAUUGCUAUAA